AACCCCUCGUCUUUAAGAUGAUAGUUCGCACGAAGUGACUAAUUCGAGUGAGGUGUUUGUGACUUUUCAAGUUAAGUUAGUGGCAUGUGAAACCAAUGUUACCUAACCUGAUGAAGCUCGGUCGAGUGGACGAGACGCUGGCGGCUGAAUGCACAGCCAAUCCAGCCCAAACCCACCUCAACAGCAGAUCCAGGCCAAACUAUAAAGUCCAUCAUCCAGCACCGCCACCACUAGCUGGUCGCCCAUUCCCCCCGAAAACUACAUAUAUCACCACCAUCGCACAAUCUCUCUCAUUCCCAUUCGCAAGCACCUCCAACACGAAUCAUAUCAUAACAGAAGGAACCUCCAUCCAUCCAUCCCACAAGGACUUAUUUAUACAUCGAGUGAGUCAAGCUAAGGAAGAAAUAACGAUGACGUCUAUCGCGGAACUGAACAAGAACGGCGGCCAGGCCGGCAGUGCGGGAAGGCAAGAUGUGGUCUUGGAACUAGAGCCUCAAGUGCCCCAUCAGGAACCGCCUCACCCGCCGCCAGUAUACUCUCUAACGAAAAGCUCGGACUACCAAGUUCCACAACCACAGGACACACAGCGGUCGUUCGACUCGGUCGAUCUCGAGGCCCAGACGGUGCCCCAUCGUCAUCCUCAUUCUCACCAGGCGCCGGCCGGGCUAGAUGAGCCCGAACAAAAUCCAGACGAAAAACGCUCGUCGCUUCGGCUCAGAGGCGGCUGUUGUUGUUGCGACUGUCUCUACGACUUACUGAGGUGUUUGCUGUGCUGCUGCAUAUUUGAAGCUAUCUGCGACAUGUGCUGUUGA